UUGAGGACUUCCAACGGUUGCCUCUUCCCUCCACCGGUUCCUUGCCAACUCCGCAUUGCAAUGCCUUAAUGGCACAUUUACGCGAAUACUUGCACGCUGCAGUACCACCUCCGUCGACGGACAGCGGAGUAGCGGUUGUUGAUCUUUGUAACUAUCUUGCGAAGAUCGACCGCGAGUACGCAACGCAACGGUACAUCGACAACGACGCGCCGCUCCACUACAUCCGCAUUCAGAUCGGAAAGGCGACCUGCAGUGCCUUGAUCGAUUGUGGAGCGACUCGCAACUACAUCAGCCAAGACUUCAUGGCACGCGCCGGGCUCGGCCCGCGCCAACUUGGCGGCGCCAAGUACUUCUCGAAACUUGACCUCAAGUCCGAUUAUCACCAGAUCGAGAUUCAGCCAAGAGAUCGGUACAAAACCGCUUUCAAGACGCAGUAUGGGCACUUUGAGUGGAUCGUCAUGCCUUUCGGUCUCACCAAUGCCCCGACUACUUUCCAAGCGGCUAUGACGACGCAAUUCCGCUACUUACUCGACCGCUCCGUACUCAUUUACCUCGAUGACAUCUUGGUUUAUAGUCGGUCGCUGGACGAGCAUCUCGAGCACCUUCGUGCCGUAUUGGAGCGGUUUCGUAUCGCCAAGUACAAGGCAAACCGCGACAAGUGCGAGUUUGCCCAACAAGAUCUGGAGUACUUGGGCCAUUACGUCACGCCACAAGGCAUUCGUCCGCUCGCGGACAAGUUACGAGCUAUUCAAGAUUGGCCGGACCUCAAGUGUACUACCGACGUUCGCUCCUUUCUCGGCUUGGCAUCGUACUACAUACGCUUCGUCAAAGGAUUUCAACGCAUCGCUGCACCAUUGUUGCGACUUCAUUCCCCCUUGGUGCCUUUCGAGUUCAGCGACGAGGCCCGGCAUGCGUUUCACACGCUGAAGAUGGCUUUGCUUCAAGCUCCCGUCUUAAGCAUCUAUGACCCGACGUUGCCUACCAAAGUGACUACGGACGCCUCCAGUUACGGCAUUGGCGCGGUUUUGGAACAGCAUGACGACACAGACAGGCAUCCGGUUGAGUAUUUCAGCCAAAAGAUGUCGCCCAUCAACACUCUUGAUGAUGCGAGGAAGAAAGAACUCCUAGCUUUUGUCAGUGUACUUAAGCGUUGGCGUCACUUUCUCCUCGGGCGUCGGCGAUUCACGUGGGCAACGGACAACAAUCCGUUGACAUACUACAAGACGCAAGACACGGUGAGCAGCACGAUCGUUCGCCACCGGAACAAAGGGCACUAUCAGAUCCCUUACGGUGAGCUGAAACCAUUGCCGAUUCCUCGGCCACCGGGUCUCUCCAUUGCUAUGGAUGUGACCGGUCCUUUCCCUCGUGAUCGCCUUGGUCAUGAUGGUAUUCUCAUGGUUGUCGACCGUUUGAGCAAGUACGCUCGAUUUCUUCCAUGCAAGUAUCAUGCGACGGCUCCCGAGCUCGCACGAUUUUUGCAUACCAGCUGGUUUUGCAGCCACGGCGUUCCGGAAGACAUCGUCAGCGACCGCGACACUCGUUUCAUGUCGGCCUUUUGGACGRCACUCAUGGUGGAAUCCGGCACCAGCAUGAAACCAAGCUCUGCACGACAUCCUCAAAUAGAUGGGCAAACGGAACGUGCGCAUCAGACUGCGCAGAUGAUGCUCCGCACGCUCAUCCGCCCGGAUCAGAAGGACUGGGUUGACUGCCUUCCCGACAUCGAGUUCGCCUACAACACUUCGGUGCACCCGGCGAUUGGCGUGAAUCCAUUCGAGUUGCACCACGGUGGACGGAAAGGACGUAUCUUCGUAGACAUUUUGCUUCCAGGGGCUGCCAAUAUAGACACCGCUUGCUCCCCCGCUUCUACACGGAAGUACAGGGAACUGCUGRCCAAAGCCCACGCAAACAUGCAAAAGGCUCAGGUUUGUAUGCAGCAGCAAGCGAACCGGCAUCACAUCCCAUGUCCAAUUCGCGCUGGCGACCUAGUUUGGGUCGUCCCCGAGGAAUUCGCGCUUGAGCAGGACGUCUCGCGCAAGCUCCUCCCGAAGUGGUUUGGACCAUGGAUGGUCACUUCAGCAGCUGGCGACAACCCCGCGGAUCCAUCAUUCAUCGUUGAGAUUCCCCCGCAUUUGACGGUCCACCCGAUCUUUCACGCUUCAAAGCUGGCAGUUUACACUCCAGCCUCCGCAGCGGACUUCCCGGGCAGACGGUCACAGGACCCUCCUUCAAUGGAUGGUCAUCAGGAGGUCGACCACGUUCUCACGCAUCGCAAGCAUGGCAACAAGCCGAUGCAGUACAAAGUUACAUUCAAGGAAUGCGAUCGGAAUGACACACGCUGGAUCUCAAGAGCUGAUCUGAAGGCGACAACACCACUCAUCUUCGCGCAUUACGAAAAACAGCGACUUGCUAAGGAAGCUGCCCAACCUGCCCGCCCUGUACGGACAUCGGACAGACAGCUUCGCCCUCGCAGUUAGCUCGGUCUUUCAAGGGGGGGAGUGUGUGGCAUACUGAGCCACACGGGC